AUGGAAAUAAAUUAAAAGAGCAAUGAGUAAACAAUAAUAGUAUAUUUAGUAACUUAUUAUUUCCUAAUUAAAAUUUUAUUACUUUAUAUUUUCUAUAAAAGAGUUUCUUCUGACUCUUCUUCAUCUAACUGCUUUAAAAUAAUAAAAUAUCAAAAGAAUUAUUUAUCAGUUUUAAAAGACAUAUAUAUUAAUAUUCCAAUUAUCACCAAAUAACAAAUUAUCAUUCCUAUGUAAAUACCUUUGAGCGAACCUGGUUCACUGUAAUUAUAAAGUAUAGAACAAAGAUAAGAUGAUGGGACUAUAAGGACUUAGAAGGCAUAAUUUAAUAUACACUUAAUAAUUAUAUUGGAUUUGCUUUUUAUAUUGAAUAACAGAGAUUAAUUGUAUAGAGACUUGCUGUAAUAAAAACUGUUGAAUUGUUAUAUUUAGUGGCAAACAAGAUGA